CGGAGCGGGCAGCGUUGGGCGCCGCCAUGAGCUUCCUCAUCGACUCCAGCAUCAUGUUCACCUCGCAGGUGCUGUUCUUUGGAUUUGGGUGGCUCUUCUUCAUGAGAAAGCUCUUCAAGGAUUAUGAGGUGCGACAGUAUGUGGUCCAGGUGAUCUUCUCUGUGACUUUUGCCUUCUCUUGUACCAUGUUUGAGCUCAUCAUCUUUGAGAUUUUGGGAGUGCUGAACAGCAGCUCCCGAUAUUUUCAUUGGAAGCUGAACCUGUGUGUCAUUUUGCUCAUCCUAAUCUUCAUGGUGCCCUUCUACAUUGGUUACUUUGUUGUGAGCAAUAUCAGAUUAUUGCACAGACAGAAACUGCUUUUUGCCUGUGUUGUGUGGCUGACAUUCAUGUAUUUCUUCUGGAAGCUGGGAGAUCCAUUUCCUAUCCUCAGCCCAAAACAUGGAAUCCUGUCUAUAGAACAGCUCAUCAGCCGUGUUGGUGUGAUUGGGGUGACACUCAUGGCUUUGCUGUCAGGAUUUGGGGCUGUCAACUGUCCAUACACUUACAUGUCCUACUUUCUCAGGAAUGUGACAGAUGCAGAUAUUCUGGCUCUGGAGCGACGACUCCUUCAGACCAUGGACAUGAUUGUUAGCAAGAAAAAAAGGAUAGCAGUGGCUCACAGGACAAUGUUCCAGAGAGGAGAAGUGAAUAACAGACCCACUGGCUUCUGGGGAAUGAUAAAAAGUGUUACAACAUCUGUUCCUGGCAGUGAAAAUCUGUCUCUUAUCCAGCAAGAAGUGGAUGCCCUGGAAGAAUUGAGUCGGCAGCUUUUCCUGGAAACUGCUGACUUGCAUGCAACAAAGGAGAGAAUAGAGUAUUCCAAAACUUUCCAGGGAAAAUACUUUAACUUUUUGGGUUAUUUUUUCUCCAUCUAUUGUGUCUGGAAAAUCUUCAUGGCAACCAUCAAUAUUGUAUUUGACCGUGUGGGGAAGACUGAUCCAGUCACAAGAGGAAUUGAGAUCACUGUAAAUUACCUGGGAAUCCAGUUUGAUGUAAAAUUCUGGUCUCAGCACAUUUCCUUUAUUCUUGUUGGAAUAAUCAUUGUUACCUCUAUUAGGGGGUUGUUAAUCACACUUACAAAGUUCUUCUAUGCCAUUUCCAGCAGCAAGUCCUCCAACGUUAUUGUUCUGCUGUUGGCACAGAUAAUGGGGAUGUACUUUGUGUCCUCAGUGCUGCUGAUCCGCAUGAGCAUGCCGCCCGAAUACCGCACCAUCAUCACGGAGGUGCUGGGAGAGCUCCAGUUCAACUUCUACCACCGCUGGUUCGAUGUGAUAUUCCUAGUCAGUGCCCUCUCCAGCAUCCUCUUCCUCUAUUUAGCACACAAACAAGCCCCAGAAAAGCAUAUGGCCCUCUGAGGCACAACUGCAGCCAUGCACUGCUCUCUGUCCCGUCAGCUGCGCUGCUGCAGCUCCUGUGGGUUGCGCAACUUGGAGAGACAGGACUGCUCUGUGUGUUCUGGCUCCUUGAACCUCCACACGUGUCAUCACCAAGCUCUGUGGCUCGUUUUGUUCAGUGCCACAGCUGGAAGGGAUGGGGGUGUGUGUGUUAAACUUGAAACAGGUAAUUGCCAGGCAAUAAAAGCAAUGCUGGAUACACCACUGUCCAGGGGCAUCAGAGCUUGUGUGGUAGGCUGGCUGAGGAAACUCCUCCUGCUGUUGGAACAUCAUCUUCACAGAAGGCACCAAGAAAUGUGAUUUUUGUUUUGAAAAUCAACUUAUAAUUGGGAUUUGGAGGACAGCAGUUCUGGAAUUGAAUGUUUGAGUCUGUGGAAUUAAAUAAGCUUUUGUAAUAUGUGAGUAUCACAGUUGUUUUUUGUCAGUCCCAAAGAUUUGGCUGGAUUUGAGCCAGAAGGUGGUUGGGAUUUGCAGUUCCAGCAGGAGUGGAGUGAACUCCAUUUCUGUAUGCAGAAAUGAUACUGUGUGUAUCACUAUUACCUACUGUCCUUAGGAACUGGAGAUUUGCUUUGUCUUACUGAGUGUCAGCUUUCUUUUCUCUCUCUGCAAAAGUGGAACUGAGGUUUUGGGUUCCUCUUUGGUAGAGUUCAGUGUUGAGUUGAAGACCACUGCCAUGCCUUGUUUACAUUGUAUGUUAGGAAUUUUAUUCUUGUGACUUAAACUUUUAGGUUCUCAUUGCCACUUUCUCAGGCUUUGUUUUGUAAUUGUUAUGGAACAUAAAUUGUAGGUGAUAAGAGUAAGGUUUGGAGGGGAGAAAAUAACCACUCUAAACAAUUUAUUUUUGUAUUGUCUUUGGUGUACAGCAAGGAAGCAAAGUGCACAGCAGCAGCAUUACAGAACCAUUUGUGUCACAUUCAGGACAACAUGGUGGUGACUGGGGGUUAGACAAAUGUGCAUGACUGAAUUACAUCCACAACUGUAUGUAGAGGAGACUAAAUAGUGAUUAAACAUCUUGAGUUGUGAAUUACAAAGUUAGCUUAAUGUUUGUAGGAAGUUUCUGCAAUGUUAGCAGGAAAAAGGAUCAUAAUGCCCUUUCAGAGCAGCUGUACUGCUGUAAGCAGAGAUGCCACAGAGAUUGAGGUGAUGGCCUUGGAGAGCUCCUUUUCCUGGGAAAUGGGCAGAAAUCAAUUGCUCUUUAUUAAGAGCUUAUCCAUAACAGCCUAAGAUGCUUACAAAUCUAUAAAACAUUUCCAGCUCCUGCUGCAGGACAUUAAUUAUAAAGUUGCAGUUCUUUAGGCCUUUUCAGAAGUGAGUGAGUGCCCAUUCCACAAGGCAGAAAUUGUGCCAGUGGAGCACAACUGCAGGGUGUUAAAUGGGUGCAGGUUACACUGAAGUGUUGAUUGCAGCCAGGCUUUGCAGUCUUUCAUGGUUCUGGUACUCCUUGGAACAGCCAAGUUCUGAGAGGUGGAAUAGCAAAGAAGAACUGAAGAAAAGAUUUGGCAGGUUUCUUUUUUGUUGUUCUUGGCAUAGUUUUGUCUCUUCACAACUUUGUGUCAUCACUGUUGUCGCUGUCAGCUCUUGUGGAGGCUGCUGAUUGGGAGGAGGAGGAGGAUGAGUCUGCCUGCAGAGGAGUAACAAAGAUGUUGUGAUUAUUUUCAGUUUGUAAACAUGUUUGAUAGUCUGCACUGUUGCAGACUCCUGUUUUCAUCUGCACUAAUCACACACUUGUUUAGAUGACAGAAUGAACCAACAAAUAGCGUUUUUAUUGUUGAAGGGUUUUUUUGUUUAAGUACAUUUUCAGAUAAUUUUGUUCAAUAGAGGGUUUUUAUUGUUGAAUUCCCAUAUCUGCACAAUUUGAACACAAAAGUAGUGCUGACUUCUGCAAAAUGCAUCUUGGGUACUAAGACAUUCUUGAAAAAACUUGCAGGCAAGGCUCAUGAAAAAUAAAUAGGAAGCACUGUUGGUCUUACCUGGUCUGUCUGUCUUGCAUGAUCAGAUAAUAAACAUUUUAAUAUUUAAGGCUGACCAGAGAGGGUUUAAACUGUUUCAAGAAGUCACACCUCACUUUUCUGACUUUAGUCAUGCUUUGGAUUCUUUCUAGUGUAAAAUAACUUCAAAUCAGCACAUUGCCUAGAAAAUGUCAUAACCUGUCACUUGCUGCUGCUUCUCCAAAGGGAUCCAUUUUGAAAGAUUUCAUGUGGUUUUCACAAACGUUAUGUUUUCUGUUUAAGCACUGUUUCUGUUUUAUUUAAGCACUUUCCCGUCCACUUCCACAAUUGUAUGUCCUGUUCCCCAUCAUUGGGUUUUCUGUAUUUGGAUUAUCUUGUUCCAUAAAAUCUCUUGUAUAUGUGCUGUUUGUGUGAUUUAAUCUUGCAUUAAAGAUACUCACCUGGAUUA